AUGAUCUUCAACACUGCCCUCCUCGCAAUCGGCCUGGCGCCAUUGCUGGCAUCCGCCCAACUGUCCGGCACCGUGGGCCCAACAACCUCCUACGCAACCAAGGCAAGCAACAAGAUCUGCAACGUCCUCGACUACGGUGGCGUCGCCGACAAAAAGACCGAUAUCGGUCCCGCGAUUAGCUCGGCCUGGAGCGCGUGCAAGAGCGGCGGUGUGGUCUACAUUCCGUCCGGCAACUAUGCCCUCGGAUCAUGGGUUACCCUGACCGGUGGUAAGAGCACUGCCAUUCGCAUGGAUGGAACCAUCUACCGAACUGGCACUGCUGGAGGCAACAUGAUUUUCAUCGAGCACACCUCGGACUUUGAGCUGUUCAGCUCGACUUCCAAGGGUGCCGUGCAGGGCUUGGGGUAUGAGUUCCAUAAGGAGGGAUCUUUGAGCGGGCCUCGGAUUCUUCGUUUGUAUGAGGUGACGGACUUUUCGGUCCAUGACCUUGCUCUAGUUGAUUCUCCAUCCUUCCACUUCUCUAUGGAUACCUGUGAGAACGGUGAAGUGUACAACAUGGCUAUUCGUGGUGGUAACUCUGGUGGUCUGGACGGUAUUGACGUGUGGUCUACUAACAUCUGGGUUCACGAUGUCGAGGUCACCAACAAAGACGAAUGCGUUACUGUCAAGAGUCCUGCUAAGAACAUCCUCGUCGAGAACAUCUACUGCAACUGGAGCGGUGGCUGCGCCAUGGGCUCCCUGUCAACCGACGUUGACAUCUCCGACGUCCUUUACCGCAACGUCUACACCUGGUCCUCCAACCAGAUGUACAUGAUCAAGAGCAACGGCGGCAGCGGCACCGUUUCCAACCUAGUCCUGGAGAACUUCAUCGGCCACGGCAACGCCUACUCUCUCGACAUCGACCAGCAAUGGAGCAGCAUGUCCACCGUCUCCGGCGACGGCGUGCAACUCAACAACAUCACCAUCAAAAACUGGAAGGGCACCGAAGCCAACGGCGCCCAGCGCGGCCCGAUCAAGGUCAACUGCGCCGCCGACGCCCCCUGCACGGACGUCACGAUCGAGGACUUUGCCAUGUGGACCGAGUCCGGCAGCUACCAGAAGGAAAUCUGCAACAACGCGUACGGCUCGGGUGCGUGCCUGAAGUCUGGCAGCGGCGGCUCGUACAGUACUACUGUCACUGUGAAGACUGCGCCGACUGGGUACUCUGCCGCUACGAUGGCGGCCGAUCUGAAGACUGCUUUUGGUACCGUUUCUUCUAUUCCCAUUCCGACGAUUCCUACCUCGUUCUACCCCGGUGCUACUCCUAUCAGUGCUUUGGCUGGUGCGCAGGCGACUUCUUCUUGA